AUGGUUUUUCGUGUGGAUGACAAGUUUCUUAAUUCAGAAUCGCCUUCCAUUACGUUCGAGAUCUACAAUGUUGCAUGGCUACGUGAUCUCCCCAUUGGCACAACACACCUUAAUAUAAAUAGCUUUUUCCCUCCUCUUUCAUCCAACAAUCCAACCAUGAGAUCCACUACGCUUCAUAUUCGUCGUCCAAGUGGUCAUUUACAAGGGCUCCUUCAUGUUAGUGUCCAAUUGAUUGACACUAGCCCCCCGCCAGAAAUUAUCCUUUCUGGAAGUGAAUUGAGCACCUCUAUAUGUACAAGCCAUGUCUCAUCAUUAAAAGAUGAAAAAAGCAUUAGCGAUGAAAAGCUUGAAAACACCUCGACUAUUUCUAAAGGUCAUGACACAUUGUACGAAGAAGAAAUUACCAAGAAUAUUAAUUACAUGCCAGAGACUCCUGAUGAGAAUAAAAGUCAAAAAAGGGGAAUGUCACAACGUUUACGUAGUAAACGAAUAAUGUCUAAUAGCAAUUCAGAUUUAUUUUCGCCAAAUCAAAAGAUGAGAAGGACACCAACUGUGUCAUUUUGCUCAGGGGUGCAACCUAUACCUUCAAUUGUGGCAGAAGAUAUGAAGAAAGGAUUGUAUCACACAGGGGAAGGAUUAGAAUAUGGAAGUUCUGUAUUCGAGAAUUGGGCAAUGCCCAGUGUAAAAGAUGAAGAAAUCCAAUCGAUGCGAUCAAAAAGCUUGACGUGGGGCUCAGCUGAUCAAGUUCACGUGCAAGAACAAGUCGAGAUUAAUAAGAAAUCUCGAAGAAGAAGAAGACAUGAUUCAGAUGGAGGAGGAUUAUUUUCAUGUUUUGGCAAAGCGUAUGGUUUUGAAUUCAAGCUUAUUUGUGGAUCAAGAAGCACCAAAAAGAAGAAAAAUAAGAAAGUUGAACGCCAGAAGAGUUUUCCUUAUAAUAACCAUUAUGAGGAUAACUUGCGCAGGUUUCACAUAUAA